UGCCUCUGCACUGCUCCGCACACGGACAAGGUAGUAGCCAUAGCGUAGGAGAGAGAAAAACAAAAAGAAGCGAGUGCAGCUCGUAUAGUCGUCCCUCUGCACUUGGUAUGUCAGUUCUCCGUUUCUAUUUCGGUAUACAUUAGUCAUGCGAUGCCUCGAGCACAGACCAAGAUCCUGCUGCUCGUUAUCGCCUUCAAAUACACGCUCUGGAGCAUCUACUGGUCCUACGGAUCGUCGUCGUUGUCGUCGCCCAAAGAAAUUCAAUACAGCAGCGAUAGCAGAAGCGUCGGGAAUAACGACGCGCAGCAGACUGCAGAAGUGAAAGUAUCGUCGCAAGUGUAAACACAAACGCUGCUGUCUAAUCGGGCUGGCAGCAAAUAUAAAUGUAAAGACGUUCAAUUAAAGUACAUAACGAGUUACAGAGAGAGAGAGAAAAAAAGAAGGAAAGUGUAGUCAAAGCUUUGCAGCAAGUAUCGAUGAUUAGAUGCGCGUGUCAGUGAGCAAAACGCGGACGAUUCGACAUAAGAUUCGCAAAGGAGUCCCUGUGAAUUGUGAUACACGACGCAUGAAGCAGGGUCGCCGACCAUAUCAAUACAUGGUCACGGGGGCAUUGUAGCUUAAGUAACCGACUAAACACCAUGAGCUGAACAGAAAAUUUGCUUACGCAUUGACUAAAAUUUCCAAGAUGUAUGGUGAUGGAGAAAUGGAAGUCUCAGAAGGUUGGAGACAAGUCAGAGAUAUAAGUACGACAACUGAUCCUAGCAUUAGUUAUGCAGGAGAAGAUGAAGACCAUUUUUGUAAACUUAUACUUUAUAAAGAAAUAAAAGAUUCCAGAGUAAGAAUAUGGGACAUUAUUAUAUUGAUACCAAAUCUGCUGUUUCUACUGUUCAUUGCUAUCAGAUUUAAUCGAGCAAGACUCAAACUCAGAGCUACAAGUAGUCCAAUAUACUUGGCUUUUUAUGGUCUAGUUAUAUGUAGUGUUGUAAUAUCGGUUAUUCGAUGCAUAGUAGCAAUGACUGUUAAUGCAACUGCUAGCAUUGGUGGUACUACGGACAAAGUUUUAUGGGUUACAGUCAGAUUUUUCCUGUUGUCGACGGAAAUGAGUGUCGUCAUAUUUUGUCUCGCUUUUGGUAAUUUGGAUAGUCGGUCAAGUAUACGUCGAGUUCUCUUGGCAACAUCUUUUAUAGCAUUGGUUUUUACAAUAACUCAAGGAACCUUAGAAUUAGUUCUCCCAGAUGAUACAUUCCACAUACCCAGUCGUGACUUAUACGUAUAUGGUCAUGGUGGAAUGCUAUUUUGGUUUUGUAGCAGCAUUGUUUUUUCUAUGAUAUAUUUGUUUAUUUUAAUACUACCAUACACUAGAUUAAGGGAACGACUCACACUUCCUAAUCGAAAGGGGUUUUACGUUUACAUCGGUCUGCUAGCUGCUCUUGAUCUUAUUCAAUCUAUAGGAGCAGGUUUGCUGAAUUACACUCAAAAUCCAGCUGGUUUGUGUGUCGUGGAUUUAACAGCUGCUGUGUACCUGACUCUUUUCAUUCCUCUUGUCUGCCACACGUUCCUAUCUGAGUUUUUUGGAGUGACGCAUCCAACUCUAAUGUUUUCAUACAAGCCUCAAAUGGAUGACGCGAUGGAGGAGGACACAGUUUCAUUGCCGCACCAGCAGAGCUUCUCGUCCCUCAAAACUGACAGCGACUACAUAUACCAGAACCACAGCGUGUACGAUUCGACACAGUUCGACAUUAAUUCACAGCCGAUGAAUCCACUGUACGCAGCGUCGCUCCAGAGCCCCGACAGCAUAACCGGCUACAGCAUCGACAGUAUUCCCGGCAUGGCUGGUGGCAAUGCUAUGACUCAGGACUCCCAUCAUCAGUCGGCCAAAGAUCCGAACGGUUAUCAACAGUAAAAUUAUCUGCAAUGACGAAUGCAUAGUCCGCAACAAUGAUGACUGUGGCGGUUUUGCUGAAAAUGAUAAUGACUUUGCAAUUAAUCUCCACGCCAUUAUUUUCUCGCGAAGCUAUUGCUCGAGAAAUAAAAAAGGAUUUUAGAUAAAUUGAUUGACCGGCCAAAACUAACUUUUUGAGAUAUUCGUCAAUGCCUAAAUGUGUACAUUGUAUGAAAUAGGUCACUCUUGAUUCAAGUAAAUGUCAAUUUAGUUUUAUUUCAAUCGUUGCAUGUAGCAAGAUUGUAAAACUAUAUAGUAUUGAAACAAACCAAACGAACAAAGACAGAAUUAGUUAACGAAUAAAAAGAAUUAAUUUUCGAACCCUCCGAUUUUCGGAAAGUCAAUUCGUUGCUUUUAAAAUCACAAAUGUAUGAACUUUGAGCAUUCAUCAUUAUGGGUAAAACAUGUAAAUUUGUUGAUUUUAAUUAUUACUGUAAGCGUGAAAUCUGGUACAUUAGUUUAAAUAAUGGUUUUACGCAGUAAUGUUUAUAGCUAGUUAUUGAAAAAUUGACAAUUAAAAUUAGCUUAAUCAUAUGCACGGCAUUCAUUGUUUGCAUAAUUUUUUUAUUAGAAACGUACAAAAUGAUGAGAUUUUAAAAAUCCAAACAAGAUUCUGUUUCAAACAAAUCUAUUGCAUAAGUAUUUUUCAAUUUAUAAACAAAUAACUAUUUUCUAUCAAUAGUGCAAUUGUAUAUGUAAUUUAUAACGAUAAUAGAUUUUACAUUAAGGUGAAUGAUCUUAUUUUAAGUCUUAAAAUAAUAGUUAUAGAAUAAAAUCGACUGAUUGCUGUGAAAAAAUGAAAUUUUACACAUUAAAAACAACUAUUUUAUCGAAAA